AUGGAGUCGGCCUCAGAUUCCAUACCACAAGUCAACGGAGAGCCUGAUAGCGCUGUACCUGAGAUAGUACAGAGACUAGCGAAGCUUAUAGCUAAGAGCGAAGAAUGGCAAGAAUAUGGACGUAACUUUGUGAUAAAGGACACUCAUACCCUGGAUAUGUUAAUAAAGCAUUUGUCUGACUUUGAUGACUCUCUUCAAAAAACAUUUCUAAAUAGACUAAUUCACCUUGCUGAAUAUUGCGAUAUGAACAAGUGGAUUUUAUUCAAAACGGGGACAACCAGUAAAUUACUUAAAACCAUGAUAUGGACUACUCUUCAAAGUCGCUCUGUUGUAGAAUGUACUAUUAGACUACUCGAGAUUGUCUGUGCGUACUCGGUCAGAGUAUCAGAAAUCAAACUCAUACUGAACAUGAUUUGCCACGAGAAUGAAACGGCUUCGCGCACAGAGGAUGCUCGUUGGUAUCAUGGUUUAUUGGUCAAGCUAUUAUAUUCGAUUGCGCAGAAAGAGAACACUCUGGACUUUUUCUACUUCAAAGGCACUGAAUCCGGUCUAAUAUUACAAGAUAUUGACAAAUUUCCUAUAAAUGGCUAUUCAUUUUUCACAUGGAUCAAAUUGGAUGCCUGCAAACAUCAAUCAAACGACCAAUCAAAAAAUCAGACCAAGGAUAGCUACUAUGCUCCAAGAAUGUUUUCAUUUAUUAAAGAUACUGGAGAUGGUAUAGAGGCUUACUUUGAGAAUAAUGAACUACGCUUUCAAUGCAGAAAAGGUGAAAAUGUUUCAACAGUAGCGAUGACGACUCUCAAAUUUACUCACAAUCGGUGGUAUUUUGUCGUAAUCACUCAUAGCCCGGCUAGGCGUGGGUGGAAAUCAAGUCCAUCAGAGUUAAGAGUUGUCGUCAAUGGAUCCAUCACAUGGAAGACAAAACUGGAUUAUCCUGUAGACAUUCCCAACGAAUCUUUCAAUCGUUGUGCAAUUGGGGCAUCAUUGUCACAAAAGAAGUUUGACAAGACAACACAUAAAGCAGAUGCAGUUUUCAAUAGCUGCGUGAUUGAGAAUUCAUUCCGUGGACAAAUGACAGAUUUCCAUUUAAUUGCCGACACCCUUACCAAAGAUCAAAUACAAUAUAUUCAUGGCCUAGGACGAAAUUACCUAACCCAAUUAUCGUCUCAUCAACUGGAUGGCAGCGUAUUUGAUGCGACUCGUAUGAUUUUUAGUUUUCAUGUCAAGGCUUCAGACGGGCAGACGUGCUUUAAUUUAGCCGCUAAAAACCAAACAACUGGCGGACCACAGUCGGGUACUCUUUUCGAAACCGAAAAAUGUUCAACUUUGAGUUUGCAGAGUGCGAUAAGAUCAUUAGGUGAUAUUGAAGUGCUGUUCCCUAUGAUCUUGAGAUUCGAUCAUAUGGACUUGUCUGCUAAUCAGGAACCGUUGGAGUUACAGGAUGAUUUUUUCGCGUUAGAAGGUCCUUGUAAAGCCUUCUUUUCUCUUAUUACUGCGCUCUUACAGAACAAUAUCAGAAGUCAAAAUCAUAUUGUCGAAUCACGCGGGAUCAAAGUUAUUAGUCUUUUAUUACAACAAGUAGGCCCUAAACAUCUUUCUAUAACAGCAUUCCAGAGUAUGGUUGGGUUAGCCACUGCGCUUUCAUCCAACGAGGAAAUCUGCCGAGAAGUCUAUAAUUGUUUGACAUUUGAAUUUAGAUUAUGGAUGUAUGCUUCGAUGGAUAUUCAGAAAUAUUGCGUCCAACUUUUGAAGAACUUUGCUGAUUCUCGCAAGCAGAUGUCGCGUGAGAAUUUUGGAGUUCAGUUCUUCCUUGAGGCUCUUGAUACGGUGUAUUGGUAUAAGCAGAACGAUAGAUCAGCGCCACAGAAACACGCAGCAACUGGUGCAACUAGACCUAAAGUGGCACAAUUGAAAGAGCUGCGGACUAUGGUAUUGGGGAUUAUCCGCGGAUAUAUCAAGGAUAGUAUCACCGAGGACGAAAUAUCAUGCAUUUUUAGAAAUGUAUCCGUCAGCGGAGACGAUCAACAUAUCUGUGAGGUCUUGACCUUGCUCGGCGAUAUUAUCCAAAGCAAUUCCAAUAAGAACAUUGUUGAUAAUAUUUAUUCGUGCGGUGGAUACGAAUUGCUAUGUGAACUAUUAAAAAGGCGUGAAGAGAAUAUACGCUUAUCAUGUAUUAAUCUUAUAAUUGUCUUGAUCACAUGUCAGAGCACACCACCGCAAUUUGUGAAGAAGUUGCGCUUCGAGGAUAUGGAUCCAUUGCUAUUGGUCAAGUUAUUAGAUGGAGCACCAUUAACGUUGGGCAUAUACAAUGCAUUGUUAGGGUGGGCAACAGAGCAACAGCAACCAAAGUUACUGUAUGGCAACGGUGGCAGCCAAUCAUCAAAUGUAGUCAUUCUUCCGUUGAAGAAUAUGAAAAUUAUAGUCGUUAUUCUCGCAUUAUUACAAUGUCACGGAAUUAAACGUCUAGUACAGUGCAAAAUACUUGAGGAAUUGACAUUGAUAUUCAAGCAUAGUUCUGUUUAUUGUGCUGACUUGGAUUGUAUAUGGUCAUGGCAACGAUUUCUUGUCCGCAUAAUUCCUACAUUCGGUGGUGAAGAGGAGCUUGUCAUGAGUUCUGGAAAUAAGGACAUUGGUGACUGGGCAUUAGACUUUAUCUCUUGUGUAAUAUGGAACCUUUUUGAUACCAAGAAUAGGGCUGUCAGAGUCAUUGAGGAGACAGUAGUCAUGGUAUGGAUAAGUGAGAGGCCAGAUUGUAUGGCUGUCAUUCGGGCACUCUUAUCACAGAUAUUGUCACGGAUAGCGCACGACAUUAGGAAGACUUCAUUAACGUCUCUCGGAGCAGUAAAGCUGGAAAAUAUAAUCAAAUUGAUCGCGUUAACCGAGGAUAUACUCUUUAAUCAUCGAGAUUUAUCUCAAUCAGUGAUACAGAGGCUACGAUCAAAUGGACAGCCGAUUGGAUCACCACCUGGGAGUUACUCAUCAUCAUUUCGAUCCGUCUAUGAACCUAGUAUGUCUUCGCUGAACGCUAUGCGCUUUGAAGACACCACGUUCCAAAAAUAUGAAUCAAGCUUACCAUUUGCGAGUCCAUUGAAACACGAUGAUAUGAUAUUCCAGAGUGCUAGCAAUCCAUGGGAAGAAAGUUAUCAAUUGGCAGAAUUAUUCCAAGAGAUAGUUGAUGCACUUGAUAAGUCUGACUAUUGGAGAACAAAAGCACCAAUUAAGAGUGAGCUGAAAUCUGGCGACAUCUGCAGGAUUGAACUGCGAGGAUGGAUAGCAGGAAUCUCAUUAUCUGAUAAAGCAUUGCGUGACAGCGCACUUGACAAUCUGAUGAGCUUCGUAGAGAGACACGUGAGAGUACCCGAGACUGUGACAGAGGCUGAUAGGAAGCAUCUGAGAGAAUUCUAUUGUUCGGAAAGUGACAUAUUUCGACAGCAUAUUCUGAUGUUAAUUGGAGAGAUACAUGAAGCAUUCAUUAUGCACAAAUGUCGUAAUUUUCUUGCUCCAUUAGGAGACAGUCAGUUUUUCAUUGAAUCAUUAGACUCGGUAUGGCAAGAUGGGAAAUUCAUUGCUUCCACAUUUGUUCAAUUUGUCAACUCGCGUGAUUGGAUGAUGAUACAUGAUAAAUACAUCGUACCCGCUAUGAAGACUGCCAGCGAUGAUGAAUUCGCAAUGGUGUGUGGCAUUGUUGACAGAUUUGCUAAAAGGGUUAAUAGUUAUAAUCACAGGGUAUCAAAGGUAGAAGCAAUAGUUGCCAAGGCAGAAAUGGCAUUUGACAAUGAAAUAUAUGCCAUCAUACUCGCUUAUCGGGAAGAGGAGAAUAACCGCAUAACUGGCAUCGAAAUAGAUAAAAAGAAUGACCACAUGCGAACACUCAGAACUUGGCUAUCUAAAUUCCACGACCUAACUCAGGAAAGGGGAGUAUGGUCACAAGGCAAACAUCUGGAGAUUCAUUGGAAAUUGGAUAGAAGAGAGAACUAUGCGCGAAUGCGACGGAAACUUACCAUAAACUAUGAUUACGACCCGCAUAGCGAGGCGAGUGCCAAAAGAGACAAAACUCCAAUCGCAAUAUCUCCCAAUAGAACAAAGAACAUCAACAUACAUAAAUUGCGUAAAUCGGUUGAUUUUAUUCGAAGCAACUCCCCGCUUCCUGCUGUUGAUCCCUGGGCUUAUGCGUGGUCUGCUAAUGAGCCGCUUACUCACGAAGCGGAUACAUGGGAUGAAGGUGAAGAUGAAGAAUGGAAUCUAAUCGCCGGCGAUGAAGUAGUUGAGACGGUCGAUUUAUCAGCCAAUAAGAUUAUAUUCUCAACUGAAUGCAACCUCAUCGUUUUACUGUCCAGUAUCAAGGGUAAAAUUGAAUUAACAGCAACCUCAUUAUCGUUCUUCGUCGAUCGGCAAGCCCUACUACAAGAGAUCAAUAACAUCGAACAUGGGUCUUUGAUAGUGGAUUCAGAAAUGCUUCGCGACAAAAAAUGGAUGAUAUCAGACAUACGUGAAAUUCACUUACGGAAGCACUUGCUCAGAAGAAGUGCAAUAGAAUUGUUCUUAACCGAUCAAACGAAUUACUUUUUCAACUUUCCAGAGGCUAGAGACAGGUUGAGAUUAUACACUAAAAUAAUAGCACUCCGACCACCAAAUAUGAUAAACCAAGAUAUCCGGUCUCCAGUUGCCCUAUUCCAUAAAUCGAAUUUAACCCGACGAUGGCAGCAACACGAAAUAUCCAAUUUUGAAUAUCUCAUGCAUCUAAACAGCAUUGCCGGCAGAUCGUUUAACGAUCUAACGCAAUACUUUGUGUUUCCAUGGAUCCUAUCUGAUUAUACCUCGUCUGAAAUAGAUUUAUUCGAUCCAAGUGUCUACCGCGAUCUAUCUAGACCUGUUGGAGCCUUGAAUGUAGAUAGGCUUGCUCAGCUUGUGGAAAGGUUCGAGAGUUUUGAAGACCCUACAGGACGUGUUAAGCCCUUUCUAUAUGGAACACACUAUUCUAGUGCCGCCACUGUGGCAUGUUAUUUGAUUAGAUUGGAGCCAUAUACGAGUGUACAUAUUGCAUUGCAAGGCGGUAAAUUCGACCAUGCUGACAGGCAAUUUCAUUCUAUAGUUGGAACUUGGGACUCAUGUUUGAAUGCUAGUGGAGACGUGAGAGAGUUGAUUCCAGAGUUCUUUUAUCAACCAGAGUUUCUAACUAAUCAUAAUAAUUUUGAUCUCGGGGUUCGACAAGAUGGUCAGCGUCUCAAUGAAGUUGUGCUGCCCAAAUGGGCAAAGACACCCGAAGAAUUUAUUCGCAUUCACAGAGAAGCGCUAGAAUCUGAUUAUGUAUCUCAGAACUUGCAUCAUUGGAUAGAUUUAAUUUUCGGUUAUAAGCAAACGGGUGAAGAGGCCGUAAAAGCACGCAAUUUAUUUUAUUACCUAACCUAUGAAGGUGGAAUAAAUAUAGAUAGCAUUCGUGAUGAAGCGGAGCGUAAAGCUAUUGAACAACAAAUCUACUACUUUGGACAGACCCCUACCCAACUCUUGACGAAACCUCAUCCCAGACGGCAUUCCCGAAAUAACUUGUUAAAACGAGACAUUCUGACGUUCAAGGAUAAUUGUAAUCGAUAUCUGGUACAAUUGAUUUCGAAAAGACUGAGAUACUUGGCAGUGGCAAAUAUAGAUGUAGACGCUCUCACAACGGCCCCAUUGCAACAAAUCAUCACAAUGGAUGAAGAAGGCGUGAUUGGAAGACAUAACAUUACGUAUAACGCUGCCGAAGAGAUACCGUUUACGGUUGUUGUUGAUCCGACGAUAGAGCACAAGACUCGCUUGAUGACACCUUUCUGCUAUGACACCUUAAUAUCGCCACGUUGUUUCGCAGUCAGCAAGGAUGGCAAAGUUCUCAUCUCAUGCGGCCACUGGAAUAACACAGUCAAAAUAACCCUAGCUGGGACCGGUAAGACGAUUGACAGCCUUUCAGGACAUGAGGACAUUGUAACUGCGGUUGCUAUGAGUGAAGAUGGCAAGACCUUAGUUACCGGAUCAAGGAGUUCCAAAGUCCUGUCGUGGGAUGUACACGUAACUAGUGAUAAUGAGUUUUUGUUUGUUGAUAAGAAAAAGCCAGUACAUGCUUUUUAUGGACAUGAUGAUGAGAUUACUUGUGUAGCUGCCAAUGCCGAACAUGACGUUCUGUUGAGUGGGUCCAAGGAUGGAACAUGUAUCGUCCAUUCAUUACGAAAUGCUCAAUAUGUUCGUACGCUUUGUCCAUUCGAUGAUACUGAAUCGUCGGUGGAAAUCGUUUGCAUCAGCAAAGACGCAAAUCUUAUACUGUAUACCGAAUAUAAUGGUGAAUACUAUUUACAUACCUAUAGUAUCAACGGGAAAUUACUCAAUUACGUUGAAAUAUCCGACAAGUUGAAUGAUAUGAUAAUAUCAACCGAGAGGAAUGUGUUGCUUACGUCCGAUGACAAGGGACAAAUAUUCAUAUAUGAUGCUCUAAGUCUCAAUCUCUACUCCGAAUACGACAUUCCACUCGUUGGCCGCAGCAUAGCUUUGAGUGAUAAUCAAAUUUAUGUGGCAGGAGACGACGGCAAACUCCUAAUCAUAUCUCGCUCAUCUCGGGAGUCCGGUGACCUGUUUUAA